AAAUCAAAAAUGACAUGUGUGAUGGUAGCCAUUUUACUAGCAAACAGGGGCGUGUCUAGCAUUGGGGCGUGGCAUAAUAAAAUGUCUACCGACUCUGAAGACAAAUUCGAGUUCACUCUGGUAACUCAUUAUAAUCCUCUUCAAGAUAUAGAGACCAAAUUCAGAGAGACAAUAGAAUUAUUUGAGAAAUGGGGGAUGAGUACUAGUCGUAUGAAAAGUCACACCUUCUUUUUUAACAAGUUUUUCCAACCUUAUCAGAGAGAGGCAUUUGCAAAAGAUUUUUUUGCAAGCUCAGUAGUAAGCAGCACAUUACAAGUAUUAACACCAUUAGAGCAAUGGGUAUCACUGUGAGUCAUAUUUUAGUCACAUGACAAUCACAUGACCUUAUUAUACACCGACACAUCAGUGGAUAAAGUUACUGUUGAACAAGUCAAUGCAAGUAUAAUUAAUAUGGACUUCUUUGAUAGACUAUAUACGUUAUGUCAUAAUGAUGUCAUAUUUAUUACCAUAUAAGGUGCUGUGAGAGAGAGCAGUGGUAGCAUUGUCAAGUGUUUUGAUGAGAUGAUUGACGAGUUUUUGGUCUCUGAUGAACUCAGAAAAGUUAGUGAUCCAGUGUAUGUGUCUUUAUAUUCAACUGAAGAAAGAAACGAGUUUCUGUUUAAAAUAUUUACCCACAUUGUACUAGGAGGACCAGUCAACCAGGUGAGCAUCUA